AAAAGUUUUUUUACGUUUCAGAAAGUUUUUAAAAAGUCACCCUUUUCAAGAUGAAGUUACUUAUAUGUUCACUGCUGCUGCUGGUAAUAGCAACCGGUUACUGUCAAAAUCGCAGAUGGAUAAAUCAUUUUACAGAUAACCAGAAUACUUUUUCUGGAAGCUUGUACUGGGCAAUAUCUAAAGAAAAACCAAACAAGAACGUUCUGUUUUCUCCUAUCAGUGUUUCACAAACUCUUGGCAUGGUUUUAGCCGGUGCAAUGGGCAACACUUAUGAUGAGAUAACGCGCGCUUUACAGAUGACCGAUUUAACACCAAGUAGAAUACACACUUUAAUGAGAAAAACACGGAACAACGUGGUUAUGAGGCCUAACGGUCAAACUGUGAAAUUAGCGAAUUCGGUAUUUAUUGGAUCCAAUUACCCAGUCGUCCAGCAGUACAUCGAUUUGCUGAGACAGAACUACAAGUCGUCUGUUUUCCCAGUGAAUUUCCACAAUAGCAAUGCUGCAGCCAAUAUGAUAAACGAGUGGGUUAGUAAUAUGACAGAAGAUAAAAUCCGUGAACUUGUCGAUCCGAGCUCAAUAACUGCAUUUACUCGAAUGAUUUUGGUCAACGCCGUUUAUUUCCAAGCGGACUGGGCAAUUUCUUUUAGGCGUAUUCCGACGAAACAAAACUUUUUUCUUUCUAAUGGAACAACGGUGCAAGUACCGUUUAUGGUUCGAUGGGAAGCUGUGGUGAAGAGUUAUAACUACAGAGACAAAAUUGAGUUCUUUUUCAUUCGAUAUAAAACAACGUCCAAUCAAAACACCUACUUUGUGGUGGGACUUCCAGGAGACAACUACAAUUUACAGCAAUUUUCAAGGGAAGCGCAACAGAUCCUUUCGCGUUUUAGGACCAUAAAUAAAAUGUUUCGAAUCACACACUUUAAAAUGCCUCUUAUUGAACUUAGCCAUAAAACAGACGUCAAAGAAGUUCUUCAAACAUUGGGAGUUGUAGAUUUGUUUGAUUCAGGAGCAAGUAACUUGACUGGAAUCAGCACGGUUGAACAAUUAUAUGUUUCUGAGUUUACACAAAAGGCUUACAUAAACGUCAAUGAAAAUGGUACAGUAGCAGCAGCGGCAUCUGCAGCCACGGUACAAGGAAGAAGCCUGUCGAUCCCACGACAGGUAACCGUGGAUCGUCCUUUCUUUAUAGGAGUGUACCAAGAAAAAUCAAACAGCUUUCUAUUUCUUGGCAAAGUGGAAAACCCAUUAAGCAAUUGAGAUUAAAUAACUAUAGGAUUACGCAAGCAGAACAUGCGCAUAUUGUAACACGUUAUAACACGUUGUAAUGCGGACACAAAACGGACAGGAAACGAUAGACAUUCAACUGAUAACAAUAACAUCCGUUAACGCAGUGCAAACAAUAAAAUACUGUAAGAUGUGAUGACACGGGGUAUGGUAGACCGAUAUAAGCAGCGUUUUGUAAUAGGGCGUGAACACCCGGGCUUUUCAACAGCUGGGACAUUGUCAAUGAGCAGGGAAGCAUCUGUUUCACACUGGUCAUUUCGUAGUGACGAAAGAAACCAUAUAUUUUAAGAUUCGGGUACAGUUCUUUCGAAAAGUGGUGCGUUUCAACACGCUACAUGUUCAACUUGUGAUAAAAUAUCACGCGCAACGUUCGAUCAGCAGUAUAUUCGUCCUUAUGUUUAAUAUUAGUGUGUGACGCAUUUAUUCCAAUCAUCAUAAUGAACUGGAUGUUAGUUAAUUACGUGUGGGCGAUCUGCUUUAGCUUUAUGUAGUCGGCUACUGCGUUACGGAUAUGAGUGAAUUUUUGUUGUUGCGUGACCAGCUCCAAUAUUACGCUGUAAUAUGCAAACAACGAGGCGGAAUUUACCAUUGCGCCAGCCAUCUCAAUACACAAAAUGCUCGGUACACAAAUCCCGCACAGGGGAGUUUACCACCUACGCACCGAAAUGGGGAACUUGUUUAUGGUUUGGUCUUGCGACAGAACGGGUUUCCAGGGCACAUGAUACAGCUAGUGUAACUGAUAAUAUGAUAUAUUACGACUAUACGUGGCAAGCACACGUAGGUAUCGAAACCUAAUUCUCGGUCGCCAUUGUUGUGAUGGGAGUAUUUGCAUGGAGAAAAACGUCUUUCUGUUUCAUGUUUACUUUAUUCUAUUUAGGAACUCAAAUAGCAAAGUACAAUGUUGCACCAGCGCACACCAUUACGUGUGGCAGCGUGUGCAAAUACACGCAUAACAAUACAAAUACGAAAAGGCAAACACUUUAUUUUUCUAUUGUGGAGAAGUAGAUUACUGGUUAGUCGAACAAAGGCCAGAAGGUCACACUCAGUGUAAAGUCACCUCGAUUAGCACCUAGAGAUGUAGAACUAUGAACGCGUGACGUCAUAUAUACGUUAAGGAAAUACGUAGAAGGUAUAGAUAUACGCGCCCAAUCGUGUGGUGCCACGUGGGUACAAUCAACAUGAGUCAAUCCUAUUCAGGUGGGCCAAGUGGUUAGUGUUAGUUGCGUAUAAUGAUUAUGGAUCUGGACGGCCCUGAAACUGACUAAUUGCGAAAAUAGGACGGCGGUGAACAUCAAAGAUUUACAAA